UUAGAGCAAGGCCUGCUGUACUUAUGGGAUACUAAGAAGUACCAAAGGGCUACAUUCUUUAUGAUAUUAAAACUAACUCUUUCUUUAUCAACAGAGAUGUUAUUUUCAAGGAAGAUGUGUUUCCAUUCACACUAGUGAAACAAGAUGCUGAUCCAAGCAUAUUUCAACAAGUUGAAUUGAGCUAUUAGGAAUUGGAAGCCGGUGAAGGAUUAAAUCCACCUCUAUCAUCUACAAUUCCUCCACCACAUCCACCAGAAGUUGAUCAUCAAAGAAAUGGUCAUUCAAUACCUCACACUGACUAUAUGGAUAAUAUUCAGGAGUACAGAAGAUUAGAAAGGGAAAGGAGGCCACCCUUGUGGAUGAAAGAUUUUGUGUCACUAAGUGCUCAAGAUGGACCCUAUGCUAUGGCCAACUACAUAGCAUAUGAUCAGUUAUUUGCUUUCCAUGAGACAUAUUUAGCUAAUAUGUUCUGAAGCCAUGCAUUCAGAAAUCUCUGCACUUGAAGGAAAUCAGACCUAGGAAAUUGUUAAACUACCUGAAGGGAAAUAAAGCCUAUAGGAUGUAAGUGGAUUUAUAAGAUUAAAUAUAAGUCAACAGGUGAAAUUGAAAGACUAAAGGCUAUACUUGUAGCUAAGGGGUAUAGUCAAAAGGAAGGGAUUGACUAUCAAGAGACUUUUUCCCCAGUUGUUAAGAUGAAAACUAUUAGGACAAUCUUAACCAUUGCUGCUCAAAAUCAGUGGCAUAUACAUCAGAUGGAUGUAUUUAAUGCCUUCCUUCAGGGUGAUUUGUUUGAUGAGAUUUAUAUGGAAAUGCCUCAAGGAUUUCAAAGACAAGGGGAGAAGACAGUGUGUAGACUUAGAAAAUCCCUCUAUGGUCUCAAACAAGCUCCAAGACAAUAGAAUACUAAGUUGUCUGAAGCCUUGAUCAAUCUUCAGUUCAAACAAAGUGAGUUGGAUCACUCUUUAUUCAUCAAGAAAUAAAAAGUUGGGGUUGUGACAGUUCUUAUCUAUGUGGAUGAUAUGCUCAUAAUUUGAGACAGUAUCAAUGUCAUAGAAGAGAUUAAAGCAGAUUUAAAGAAGGUGUUCAGAUGAAGGAUCUAGGAGAUUUAAAAUACUUCCUAGGAAUUGAAUUUGCUAGAUCUAAACAUGGAAUCUUAAUGCACCAAAGGAAAUAUUCCUUGGAACUCAUUGCAGAAACAGGACUAAGUGGUGCAAAACCUUCAGCAACAUAUGUAGAUACAAACACAAAGCAGACAAUCAAAGAGUUUGGUGACUAUAUCAAAAGCACUGAAUCUUCUGUAGUAAAUGAUUCUUUAGCUGACCAAGGAAAGUAUCAAAGGUUAAUAGGUAAACUUCUAUAUUUUACCACGACAAGACCUGAUAUAUCUUUUGCAGUACAAACUCUAAGUCAGUACUUGCAACAGCCAAAACAUUAUCACAUGGAAGCUGCUAUGAGAGUUGUGAGGUACAUCAAGAAUAAUCCAGGUCAAGGUGUACUUUUAUCCGGUAAGAGCAACACUGAUAUCACAACAUACUAUGAUGCUGACUGGGCAGCAUGUCCUCACCCUAGAAAGUCAGUUUCAGGGUACUUUGUGAAACUAGGUGACUCACUGGUGUCAUGGAAAUCAAAGAAACAAAACACAGUGUCUAGAAGCUCUGCAGAAUCUGAAUACAGGAGCAUGGCUACAACAGUUACUGAAUUAGUUUGGAUCUUGGGAUAGAUGAAAGAGAUUGGUAUUGAGGUAAAGUAACCUGUUCAAAUAUUCACAGACAGUAAAGCAGUAAUGCAAAUAGUAGCCAAUCCAGUUUACCAUGAAUGAACCAAAUACAUUGAAGUAGAUUGCCAUUACAUUCGGGAGAAGAUCAAUCAAGGAAUGGUGACAACCAGAUAUGUUUCAACAAGGGAUAAUCCAGUUGACUUACUAACCAAAGGACUUACAAAAGUUCAACACCACUAUCUUAGCUCUAAGCUUGGACUGCAGGACAUCUUCACUACUCCUAGCUUGAGGGAGAGUGUUGAGAGUAAGCAACAAGCAAGGGUAGUUUAGUAAAUGUCUAAAUUAUUUAGUCACUGUAUUAGCAGUUAGUUAAGGGGUUGAUCAAGAUUAGUUAAGGUAGUUAGAAGUAGUUAAUCAUUGAACUAGUGUAUAAAUACCUACCAAGUGUACAGUUCAAUCAAGAUAAUCAAUACAAUCUACAUGCUUUCUCUUAAUUCUCUUCUUCACUAUUUCCUACUAUACUUUCUUCAUCAGUUAUCCCUAUAGGGAGUACAUAAUCUGCAGAUUACACAAAUUACAACAAUAUAUCUGCGCUACUCUAACCACUUGAAUAACUCCGAGCGAUAGAUUCUUCAUCUCUAUCCGAACCUUCCUGCAUUUUUGUGAUGCAAUCCCUCUAAGGUGAUAGUUUCCAUGAUGUGUAUCUGAGUAAAAGUUGCUUCAUUUCUAAUUGAGUAGCAUCUAGAUAAAGACUUCUCUUAGUUAAGCUCACAAAUCCGUUAUUUAAUGGACUUAAAGGUG